AUGAACUUGAGUUUUUACAGAAGACCUUUCCAUCAUCCCACGAACGUCAAAUGGACGGAAUUCUUUGUGGAGAAGAAGCAUGUUCGUCCACCACGACCAGAUCUUCGGCUGGUGCAAGUUUCGUCAAACGUUUGGUGUACACGAUUUAGUAUCACUUCAAUGUCACCCAAGCACUUACCAGAAUUUUUGGGACAGGUUGUUUAUAAGACGUCGGUGCUCCAUCUUCAACCUCGUCAAAUGACAAUAGAUAUGGCCGUACUAGGAGGAACUCAUGAUCGAACCAGGCAUAAUUUUUUGAUGACUACGGUGUUUACAGCUUCAUUAUUGCUGAGUUCUCGCACUACCUCAUCAUGCACAUCACCGGCUACGAGUGAAGGUGACAUAGAUGAUUUGGCAGCGCUGGUAUCUCAACAACGACUUCGCGACAACGAUGGUUUAACUCGAGAGGAGCGAGCAUUCUUCGACAGGGUACGUAUAAGUAUUUUUGCAAAUUUUUUCUGUUAAAC